UUAAAAAAAGAUCAUGUUUCUCUUAAUGAAAUCACCUACGUACGGGCAAAUUUUUUGUCGAUACAUUUUUACGAUAUAGAUCUGGGAAAAAACAAUUAUCUCUCUCUUGCUCCACAUAAACAGUGUCUCCGUGUUACACGAUUUAGAUUGUCCCCCAAUGCGUAUGCAACGCGACCGCAUACACACAUUUAUAUAUGAGCGACCGCGAAUAUUAAUAUCCUCUCCUGUCUCAUUCAGACUAUCAGUCUGAUAGUGACCGCUGAGGAGCGACAAGCCAAUUUCGUGAUUGCAAGCAGCACGCGUCGUUUCCGAGAUUUUUAAGUGCAGCCGCAUCAUUCCACAGCAAGAUCUAAGAUCUUAACAGCAAAUUUUUUAAUAUGAUUGCUAUACUAUUCAGCGUUCUGCCGAUCCUCUGGAUCCAGAAGAUCGAGGCGAGCGUGCUGGUCGCCGAUACUACCAUGUCAAAAAUGGUGGAGUUGAACGCCGACGCGCCCUUUUGUGCUGUUUAUGAUGACCGUGGGGUCAUCCAGAGAAUGGUGCUCGGUGCAGAUCCUAGGAAGGUUCGACAAAUUUCCAGCAAUCUCGUUGCGGAUCUUGAAGAGACCUGUAAGGCUUCGCGAGACAAGGGGAAGAAUCAAGCGCCUGGUGGUGGUUUAAUAUACCCGGGUACCAAAUGGUGCGGACCGGGCAAUGUGACAGUUGACUACAACGAUUUGGGUCAACAUUCGGCUGAGGACGCUUGUUGCAGAGAACAUGAUCAUUGCCCGUUCACGAUAGAGUCAGGACAGUGUAUACACGAUGUAGGAGGUGAGGAAAGUGGAGGAACAUUAAUAUGUGCUGGUUGUCUCAAUAUUAUCGACGAAGAUGAAUUUAUACAGGCAUUGAAUCAAGAAUGGCACAUUGAUUGUUUUCGAUGUUCGGCAUGCGAUAUCGGCCUAUCCUCCUGGUACUUUGAGAAAGAUGGUUUGCUAUUUUGUAAAGCCGAUUAUUGGGCCGCUUACGGCGAAGCAUGUCAGGGCUGCGGUCAGAUCAUCACAGGUCCUGUUAUGCUGGCAGGCGAUCACAAAUUUCACCCAGAAUGCUUUGCCUGUACUUCUUGUGGUGCUUUUAUCGGAGAUGGUGAAAGUUAUGCACUCGUCGAACGGUCCAAAUUAUACUGCGGGGUUUGCUAUAAGCGACAGAUGCAACCACUCAACAGGACAGCAAACUACCCUUUUGCUAGAAAACCACAUAGCAUUAGAUUGGUCGAAAUACCUCCUAGCACGACAGAUCUAGAUAAGCAGAGAGGAAUCAAACUCACAUUAGACACAGCUCCCAGUCCUCGCAGUUGUGGUGCUUUGCUGCGUAUUUCAGAGUUAAUGAGAAAUGUUCGUGGAAAGAUCAGUAAGCUGCUGGCCUCUGUGAUGGAGGUCCUAUUUAGACUAUGCUGCCACUUCUCUAAUCAUAGAUUGAAUAUGUCCAGUGAUCUUAUAUCGUUACACAUUGGCGACCGAAUUUUGGAAGUAAAUGGCACCCCUGUUAAAGAUCAGCCUGUAGAAAAUAUCGAAAAUCUUAUACAAUAUUCAGACACAGUUUUACAAUUGACUAUCGAGCACGAUCCAGAUGCGAUAUCACGACGGCCCACGUUCUGCUCACCGUCCUCGGCGAUGCUGACAUGUGUCGGUAGUCCCAGGACAAGUUCCGAAAGCAAGGAGCGACUGUUUAAGCGUCGGGAUGAGGGUUAUAUCAGCGGUGCGCGGAGCCGACAAUUACGAAGAACUAGAGAUCCUAUGCAUAAAGAACGUAGUAGUUCUAUGUCGCGAUUGCUUGACGGAUCUUCUCCAACAAAUCCUACUUACGAUCUGAGCCGAACCAGAUCCUUCCGCGUAGAGCCAAAGAAUCAGAGAAUAUUUCGAGCGAGUGAUUUGGUAAAGGGCGAGCUUCUUGGUAAAGGAUUCUUUGGACAAGUAUUCAAGGUUACACAUCGCGACACGAACGAAGUAAUGGUCCUCAAGGAGUUGUAUAGAGUGGAUGAAGACGCUCAGAAGAAUUUUUUAAAAGAGGUUGCAGUACUGCGCUCGUUACACCAUAACAACGUUCUUCGAUUUAUCGGUGUUCUUUAUAAGGACAAGAAACUGCAUUUGGUUACCGAAUACAUAGCAGGUGGCACGUUAAGGGCCCUGCUUCACGACACGAACGAACCACUGCCGUGGGAACAGCGUACAUCCUUCGCGAAAGAUAUCGCUGCCGGCAUGGCCUACUUGCAUUCCAUGAAUAUCAUUCAUCGCGAUUUAAAUUCGCACAAUUGUCUCGUUCGUGAGGAUAAGACUGUGGUUGUUGCUGAUUUCGGUCUGGCGAGAAUCAUUCAGAAUGGCAGUUCGCCGGACAAUCGCAAGUAUAAUCGACAUUCUGAUGGAGAGAUAAAGACCUCGAAGAAAGAGCGAAAGAAACGGUACACGGUUGUCGGAAAUCCCUACUGGAUGGCGCCCGAGAUGAUGAAGGGCAAUAAGUACGAUGAGAAAGUGGAUAUAUUUAGUUUCGGUAUUGUCGUCUGCGAGAUCAUAGGUCGAGUUCAAGCAGAUCCCGACUACUUGCCUAGAUCAUCCGACUUUGGUUUGAAUCAAAAUGUCUUCAAGGAGAAAUUUUGUUCUAAUUGUCCUGAGACCUUUUAUAUGAUCGCGUUCCUUUGCUGCGAUCUAAAUCCGGAUAAGAGGCCACCGUUCGAAGUUAUGGAGGUUUGGUUGGAAGGACUGGCUAUGCAUCUAUCGGUAGGUGCCGAAUUGCCGGCAGAUUUGGAUUUUGACAUUAGAAAUUACAAAGGACCGAGUCCAAGCAGUAGCGAGUCCACGACUCCGGAAACUUUGGCGCCGCAAUUGAAACCUAUCAAGGAGGGCCAGGUGCACCAAGAGAAAAAGCGGUCCAGCGGCUGCGACGAUAGUACACUAGAACGUGAAAUACAGUCUGUAUCGACAUCUAACACGCUUCACGUGCCUGAAGUUAUCAGUCCACGUAACAGGUAUUCGAGGCAGAACAGCAAAAGUAGCGACAACUCGGGCAAUGUGGGACGUUACUCGAGACAAAAUUCCAAAUCAAAAGACUUUGACAAAGAGAAGUCCGACGUUAUGAUCUCACCCGAUUCCAGCGGUUUUAGCGGACGUUAUCUAAGGGUUAAUAAUGCUAAGUUAAAAGAUACAUCUGCCGACAUUCCAAAUAUCUACGCUUACUCGAAACAGGAGACGUAUCCGAGACAGAUUGAUACGAGUGAGCAUAAUUUAACCCGAGUACCAACUAUAGAGAAGAUAAAGUACGUGGGAAGCGCGAGUCAGUGUACAGUUUCUGAUGCUUCGGAAUAUAUAAUUGACAGUAAAGGCUCGUAUAAAAUCAAUAACAACCUGAAACAUAAAUCGAUGGAGAAGUCCAAUGAUACGAGUGGUUGUAAGUCGAAAUCAGAAAACAAAUUUAAAAUACCAGACACCACGACUUCCGUUGGCUCGUAUUUACGGCAAAUCGGGAAAGCUAUCGGUGCUAUGGAAAAGGAAAAUAAAGCGAUUAAUAAUCGAAACGACAUAAAUUGCGGUGACAUCGAUCCAAAGAGAAUAGUUGGUGAAAGCACGAAGCCAUCCACCGGAUUGUAUCUGCGAAGGACCAAGAUAUCACCGACUAAGGAGACCACGAAGAACGCGUUUUCCAAUAAAGAGACUAACAAAGUUGAUGGCGUUUCAUCGUUACAGAAAUCGAUAGAGUCGAAAAUCCCACCGAAUCAAGAGAAUGUCAUCAAAAAAGAAGAUGUUAAAGAUAGACUAUCCAGACAGGAGAGCAACGUGUCCAACGUCGGCAGUAUCUUGUCUAGAAAGGGAAGUCUCACAGUAUUAGAUUGCACGUCUAAAGAUAACUCGUUGUUCGAUACGUACAUGAAGGAUGACUUUCGCAAGAAUGAUUCCUUCAAAAAAUGUAGCUCGGAUCUAUAUCAUACAGACAGUCUUUAUUCCAACUCCAGUGUGUCGAAGCGUGAGGACCUUAUCACAUCUAACAGGCAAAAUGCGAGUGACGGUAAUCGUCCUGUUAUAGUCGAAUCGAUGGGCGAUGAUACUAAGAGUCCGAUGAUGACUUCGUCUAUUUAUGGCAGCGAUUUGAAGGCGAAUUGUCUAGCCGAUUAUACCAAGUGCUACAAGGGUAUCGAUGUUUGCAGACAGGAUAGCUUCGGCUCCGAUAGUGCACUUGGCACUAUGAAGAGCGAUUUCUUCGCGGAUGUCGAUUUUGCGCAGAUUAGGGACGGCAGGCAUACACCGGACUUGUGCCAUACAUCCGAAAGGUGCUGCACACCUACUCGUCCAACGACGCCGAUAGAGAGUACUGCUUUAUAAAUUAAAACGCCAGAAGAUAAUAGCUUUACAACGUUGAAAUAACGCGCGUAAUCCUUGAUGAUGAUUGAAUCUCGUUGCUACUAAUUUGAUCUCUUUCUUCAUAAUAUGUAAGAUCCGAACAGGUAAUGUGCUUAGUUUGCAGUAUUAACUUUUUAGUCAGAGAGUUUAUUUCGUCCAUUACCUUUAAUGCGUAAAACGAGGAAAGAUUGAAUUCAUUGAUUUUGAUAUAAUGAGUGCGAUAUUUUAAUUAUACAUAUAUAUAUAUUUUUUUUUUUUUGAAAAUUUUCCUGGAAGGAGAGUAAUGUCACAUUAUUUUAUUGUUGAAACUGAAUUUAAAAUAUUGGAAAAAUUGAUAAAAGGAUUCAAGAUGCAUAACUUUGAAAUAUUGCCGUUAAUAAAUCAAAAUGCUUAUCUUUACUAAAGAAAGUAACGACAAUGCGAUAUUCAGUAUUAAUGAAUUUCAUUCGUCUAUCGAUCUUUAACGAAUUUUUAGUUCGUAAUGGCAUUAGUUAAUUAGCCGUAAGAAUUCUAUUACAUUCCUCUGCGAGAGAUCUUGCCACACGGUUUUUUAAAAAAAUGAGUGUUUAAAUAAUAAAACGUGACUCUUCGAUAAAAGCAUUCCAUUCAAAAUACUACUUACAAAGCCGAGAUUUUUUGAUAAGUACGAUAUUACUAGCGUGUGCUCGAAAAAGCCGACACUGUGAAUACGUCGAUUUUUACAGAUUACAAAUUACAUGAAUUAUAAAAUUAAAAAUCGUCAAAAGUCAAAGUUGGUGCAAAUACAUAUUCCCAGAUAUGCGACCACGAGAUUAUUUUUCUUGAAAUUGUAGACUUACAUCAUGUAGAUUCAGUUCUUGUAGAAUAGAAUGUAAAAAUGGUAUUAUAUAUGAUAUAUCUGUUUCCAGGUAUACACAGAUGUACAUCACAGUGUAAAAUAUUGUAUACGUUUGUAAUACUGCUGUAUAUGUACAGAUAAUUGAUAUAUUAUAUAUGUAUGUAUACAUACGUGCAUAUAAAUAUAUACAUAUACAUGCGACACGUUUAUAUCUUCGUUAUGUAUAACUGUUCUCGAUAUAUUUUGAUAAAAUGAGAUUAUGUGUAUAUUAAAAAUAUGAAUUAUUUAUAUCUUUUGUUUACUAGCAUUAUAUAUCUUUUAACGAGGAUAUAAACGGUGGCAAAGUAGUAAAUAUUUCGUGUGUAUAAAAAAGACAAAUAAUUUGUAUAUAAUAAUUUUGUAUAUAUAUCCAAAUAUUUGUAAUUUUCAAAACACAUAGAUCGAGAAACGUUUUAUAUAUAGUAAUACUAAGUUUUUAUAAUUGCGAUGCUAAGUAUAUAUACACCAUUAGUUUUUUCUUCCUACAUUUACUCUACUUACUCUACUUUUACUCGAAAUAUAUUUCUUUUCUUUUUUUUUUAUUACAUAUCGACUUUAUUUUAUGACGUUUAAGUGUCGACUUUAUUUUAUGAAAUUAUAUGCUUUUAUAGAUGCACUUUUAAGCAAUAACUUUAAUAUUCAUACAAUUUCAUCAUGUUUUUAAACAUCCUGUUAAAACUGAGAUUAUUUCAUGUUAGGUAAUGAAAUUAGGAUGCAAAUAAUGCGACCACUUACUUGAAAAUUUUUUUCGAAUGUACUCUUAUACGUUUGGUUAAAGUAUAUUGUUUUAAUUCAAAAAUUAUUAACGAUUAUUUAAUUAUAAUAAAGGCAUUUUCAAUUAUUUACAGAUAAUACAUUUUAUGUAGAUUUGUGAUCGUUUUUACCCUAAAACUGCAUAUAUUGGAUAAACGAAAAAAGAGCCCGAUCAAAUAACCCCGUCUUCUUAACUUUCUCGUGCAUAUGAAAUACAGAAGAGAUAUUAUCACAAAAUGUUGUUUUCGAUGAUAUCGCAAGCGUAUUAUCACUCUUAUUAGAAGAAAUCUCAAAAUCUCAUUAAACGCAUGUCCGCUCAUAGAAGCGGACGAUUAUGUGCAAUAAUUGUACGGCUUAUUAUAUGUAUAUGGUAGAGCUAGCCUAAGAGAUUAUUUACGGCUUAUUGUUAGCUAAUGAGAGCAAACUAAUGAACAAAUUAGUUGGAGUAGAGAACUUUGUAAAACAACACUACAAUGUGUUAUUGCGAAGAAAAAGUUUUGCAUUCUCGGCAACGACAUGCAGCGUUAAAUAUGGCCAUACGAUUCCGAUUCUGUAAUGUGAAAAUCGUAUUCAAUGUAAAUAGACUGGAUAGUCAUAUUUAGCUCUAAAAGUGGCGUGCGAACGAAGGAAACGCGAUUGGGCAUAAGAUAAAUCAAACAUGUAGGAUAUAUAUAUUGGACUGACAACAUGCAUAAUCUAUUGUGACGAAUCGCUUAAAUUUUAAAUAAUGCGAAAAUGAAUUAUUGUAAUAUGCCGCGUAUAUGAGACAGUAUUAACACUACUCGCUACAUAUUGUUGCUUAGUAGUAACAUACAUACGUUCGCUAUAUCGUACUUCUUUAAUACAUACCGGGCACAAAAAUCGUGUUAAGACCUGUAAAGAGAUAUCUGGAAUGAGUAGACGUUAUUUUUAUAGCCCCUGUAAAUUUUCACAUCUUUUUGAUAGCCGACAUGACCGUAGACUAAUAUAUAGAGUGUCCGACCAUUAGCGCAUUAAUUCAUUAACGAUUAAAGCUACAAUGGUGGAAUACACUAUAUAAUCUCGAUUAUCAAUAUUUUUACUCUAUAAAUUGUGAGUCACUGAUCUGAUCUAUAGUUUUAAACAGAUAUCUUUUAUAGAUAUAAAAAAAACUAAUGUCUCUAUUUGAGGCCGUAAUUUUUUAUAAAAGAAACAAUAUUCUUGUAAUUUUCAUUCUUUCUGUCGGCCUAAUCGGCCUAAUUAUGCAUAUAGAAAUCCUAUAAUAAUUUUUGACACAACUUUCGAAUUGCGAAUUGUUUUCAUAUGUGCAGAUGCAGAUUCGAUUUAACGCAAAGUGUUUAAUUAUCACGAGAAAGAGAGAGAGAGAGUCGCGAAUUUGACUCUUAUUCAACAUAAUAUUAUAAUACAAACAUUUAAUUGACGUUGAUGCUAUCGUUAUAACAAACCUCGCGAAAUUUGCGAAGCGAAUAUUGUCCAGAUUUAUGGCUAGCAAUAAAAAAGGGACGGCCUUGAUGAUUUCCAGAUGCAUUCGGGCUUGAAACAAAUUCCUAAGCGAGAGCAAUAAUUGCGUUAUCAACAAUGUACGAGACUGUAUACAUUUUCACUGUUGUUUUACUGCACAUAAAUUGGUGAGCGAAAUUGAAAUGCGCCGAUUUCGAACGAAGUUAAAUAUUGUUAUACAUACCCGCGUAUAUUGCGACGAUAUAUAGAUCUCGAUGACGAUUGUUUCUAAAUACGUCGGCGAUCUACGUACUUGCGAACGGAGAAUGAAAAAACAAAACGAGAGAUUUUUAUAUUAUCUUUAGUAUUUUCGUUGUCUGUGUAAAGGUAAGUUUACGAAAAAGUUGUCGCGCAGUUUUUUUUCCUUUUUUUUUUU